UCGAUCUACUACCGUACGUACUUGGAAUCAGUUUUGAAGGCAAUUCAUUUCGAUAAUGUGAAUGUCAUGGGUGCCUUUGCCUGGAGUUUUGCUGAUAACUGGGAGUUUGGCGACUACAGCCAACAAUUUGGGUUGCAGACUGUGAACAGAACGACCCAGGAGAGACACUACAAAAAGAGCUUCUUCGAUAUCAUUGGAUAUUAUAACGAAAGAUCUGGCAAUGUGUGCUAG